UUCAAAUUAACUCAAAUCUUCAAAAUCAAAAACCUCAAAACCCUAAAAAGUCGCCCGCCCAAUCACAUCACUUACCAAAAUUUUGAAUUCCCUCUCUCUCUCUGUUCCUCAUUCUCGGACUACACUAUCAGCAAAGCUAGUUGCUUUGAUUCAGCAAAAUUCUCAUCUAUCGGUACCCAAAUCUCAACUUUUAGUCGCCGCUAGCUUCCGGAUUUCCGAUGGCCAACACCGAUUCCACCGCCUGCGACAUUGCCCCAGUCCCGGCCCCCCUCUCGGAGAAGAAAGAGAACGUGACUCCAGUGAGCUCCAAGAUUGCGGAAUUGAGCGAAUCAAGGCAAGAACUACUCAAUCGGAUUCAGAAUUUGAAACAGGAUCUGCAAAAUUGGAGGUCAAAGUUGGACACUCAGGUGAAGGUCUACAGGGAUGAACUUUCGGAACUAAAAAAAUCACUCAAUGUAGAGGUGGACCAACUUCGAACAGAUUUUCAACAGUUGAAAAGUACCCUUCAGCAGCAGCAAGAAGAUGUCACUGCCAGCCUAAGAAACCUGGGGCUUCAGGAUGUUACUGAAGUCAAAGAAGCUGAAGGUGCAAAAAGCGAGAACAGUGAAGAGAAAGCUAAGGAUCUGACAGAGGAGAAUGGUAAAGAAACUGCAAACUAGAUGGUGUUAUGUUUUUCUUUUUAUCCUUGUGUUGUAGAAGCAGAGCUCAUAUUCCCAUAGAGUUGCUCACCGCUUAAGUGAGCUGUGUUCGGUUGUUGAAAUCUUCUCCUAGCCUGUUGACCUGUUGUAGAGAUCAUUAUCUCAUGCUCCCAAAAACUGAAGUAUUCUAAUGAACUCCUAAUAAGUCAGUAUUACUAUGUAUUAAAUGGAUAGUAUUCCCUUAAAA